GCAGCCGUUAGGGGCGGGGUCUGCAGCCGCCCGCGCGCGGCUCGCGCCCUCCCCUUUGUGUCGCCAUGGCGGCGGCAGGGGCGACGAGAACGGCGAGCGAGGGGUCGAGCGCGGCCGGGGCCUGAGGAGGCUACGCGACCAUGGUGGCACGCAGCACUGACAGCCUGGAUGGCCCAGGGGAGGGCUCGGUGCAGCCCCUACCCACCGCUGGGGGGCCCAGUGUGAAGGGGAAGCCUGGGAAGAGGCUCUCAGCUCCUCGAGGCCCCUUUCCGCGGCUGGCUGACUGCGCCCAUUUCCACUACGAGAACGUCGACUUUGGCCACAUUCAGCUCCUGCUGUCUCCAGACCGUGAAGGGCCCAGCCUCUCUGGAGAGAAUGAGCUGGUGUUCGGGGUGCAGGUGACCUGUCAGGGCCGUUCCUGGCCAGUUCUCCGGAGUUACGAUGACUUUCGCUCCCUGGAUGCCCACCUCCACCGAUGCAUAUUUGACCGGAGGUUCUCCUGCCUUCCGGAGCUUCCCCCACCCCCCGAGGGUGCCAGGGCUGCCCAGAUGCUGGUGCCACUGCUACUGCAGUACCUGGAGACCCUGUCAGGACUGGUGGACAGUAACCUCAACUGCGGGCCUGUGCUCACCUGGAUGGAGCUGGACAAUCACGGCCGGCGACUGCUCCUCAGUGAGGAGGCAUCACUCAAUAUCCCUGCGGUGGCGGCCGCCCACGUGAUCAAACGGUACACGGCCCAGGCACCAGAUGAGCUGUCCUUUGAGGUGGGAGACAUUGUCUCGGUGAUCGACAUGCCACCCACGGAGGAUCGGAGCUGGUGGCGGGGCAAGCGAGGCUUCCAGGUUGGGUUCUUCCCCAGUGAGUGUGUGGAACUCUUCACGGAGCGACCAGGUCCGGGCCUGAAGGCAGAUGCCGAUGGCCCCCCAUGUGGCAUCCCGGCUCCCCAGGGUAUCUCAUCUCUGACCUCAGCUGUGCCGCGGCCUCGUGGGAAGCUGGCCGGCCUGCUCCGCACCUUCAUGCGCUCCCGCCCUUCUCGGCAGCGGCUGCGGCAACGGGGAAUCCUGCGACAGAGGGUGUUUGGCUGCGAUCUUGGCGAACACCUCAGCAACUCAGGCCAGGAUGUGCCCCAGGUGCUGCGCUGCUGCUCUGAGUUCAUUGAGGCCCACGGGGUGGUGGAUGGGAUCUACCGGCUUUCAGGCGUGUCUUCCAACAUCCAGAGGCUUCGGCAUGAGUUUGACAGCGAGAGAAUUCCAGAGCUGUCUGGCCCCGCCUUCCUGCAGGACAUCCACAGCGUGUCCUCCCUCUGCAAGCUCUACUUCCGAGAACUUCCAAACCCUCUGCUCACCUACCAGCUCUAUGGGAAAUUCAGUGAGGCCAUGUCAGUGCCUGGUGAGGAGGAGCGUCUGGUGCGGGUACACGAUGUCAUCCAGCAGCUGCCCCCGCCACAUUACAGGACCCUGGAGUACCUGCUGAGGCACCUGGCCCGCAUGGCGAGACACAGUGCUAACACCAGCAUGCAUGCCCGCAACCUGGCCAUUGUCUGGGCACCCAACCUGCUACGGUCCAUGGAGCUGGAGUCGGUGGGAAUGGGUGGCGCCGCGGCGUUCCGGGAAGUUCGGGUGCAGUCGGUGGUGGUGGAGUUUCUGCUCACCCACGUGGACGUCCUGUUCAGCGACACCUUCACCUCCGCUGGCCUGGACCCUGCAGGCCGCUGCCUGCUCCCCAGGCCCAAGUCCCUCGCGGGCAGCUGCCCCUCCACCCGCCUGCUGACGCUGGAGGAAGCCCAGGCGCGCACGCAGGGCCGGCUGGGGAUGCCCACAGAGCCCACAACUCCCAAGACUCCCGCCUCACCUGCGGAAAGGAGGAAAGGGGAGAGAGGGGAGAAGCCGCGGAAGCCAGGGGGCAGCAGCUGGAAGACGUUCUUUGCACUGGGCCGGGGCCCCAGUGUCCCUCGAAAGAAGCCCCUGCCCUGGCUGGGGGGCACCCGCGCCCCACCGCAGCCUUCAGGCAGCAGACCCGACACCGUCACACUAAGAUCUGCCAAGAGCGAGGAGUCUCUGUCAUCGCAGGCCAGCGGGGCUGGCCUCCAGAGGCUGCACAGGCUGCGGCGACCCCACUCCAGCAGCGACGCUUUCCCCGUGGGCCCAGCACCUGCUGGCUCCUGCGAGAGCCUGUCCUCGUCCUCCUCCUCUGAGUCCUCCUCCUCGGAGUCCUCCUCUUCAUCCUCUGAGUCCUCAGCAGCUGGGCUGGGGGCACUCUCUGGGUCCCCCUCACACCGUACCUCAGCCUGGCUAGAUGAUGGUGAUGAGCUGGACUUCAGCCCACCCCGCUGCCUGGAGGGACUCCGGGGGCUGGACUUUGAUCCCUUAACCUUCCGCUGCAGCAGCCCCACCCCAGGGGAUCCCGCACCUCCCGCCAGCCCAGCACCCCCCGCCCCUGCCUCUGCCUUCCCACCCAGGGUGACCCCCCAGGCCAUCUCGCCCCGAGGGCCCACUAGCCCUGCCUCGCCCGCUGCCCUGGACAUCUCAGAGCCCCUGGCUGUAUCAGUGCCACCCGCCGUCCUAGAACUGCUGGGGGCUGGGGGAGCACCUGCCUCAGCCACCCCAACACCAGCUCUCAGCCCUGGCCGGAGCCUGCGCCCCCAUCUCAUACCCCUGCUGCUGCGUGGAGCGGAGGCCCCGCUGACUGACGCCUGCCAGCAGGAGAUGUGCAGCAAGCUCCGGGGAGCCCAGGGCCCACUCGGUCCUGAUAUGGAGUCACCAUUGCCACCCCCUCCCCUGUCUCUCCUGCGCCCUGGGGGUGCCCCACCCCCGCCCCCCAAGAACCCAGCGCGCCUCAUGGCCCUGGCCCUGGCUGAGCGGGCUCAGCAGGUGGCCGAGCAACAGAGCCAGCAGGAGUGUGGGGGCACCCCACCUGCUCCCCAAUCCCCCUUCCGCCGGUCGCUGUCUCUGGAGGUGGGUGGGGAGCCCCCGGGGACCUCAGGGAGUGGGCCACCUCCCAACUCCCUAGCCCACCCAAGUGUCUGGGUCCCGGGACCCCCACCCUACUUACCAAGGCAACAAAGUGAUGGGAGCCUGCUGAGGAGCCAGCGGCCCAUGGGGACCUCAAGGAGGGGACUCCGAGGCCCUGCCCAGGUUCCUACCCCCGGCUUCUUCUCCCCAGCCCCCAGGGAGUGCCUGCCACCCUUCCUCGGGGUCCCCAAGCCAGGCUUGUACCCCCUGGGCCCCCCAUCCUUCCAGCCCAGUUCCCCAGCCCCGGUCUGGAGGAGCUCCCUGGGCCCCCCUGCACCACUCGACAGGGGAGAGAACCUGUACUAUGAGAUCGGGGCAGGUGAGGGGUCCCCCUAUUCUGGCCCCACCCACUCCUGGAGUCCCUUUCGCUCCAUGCCCCCCGACAGGCUCAAUGCCUCCUACGGCAUGCUUGGCCAAUCACCCCCACUCCACAGGUCCCCCGACUUCCUGCUCAGCUACCCGCCAGCCCCCUCCUGCUUUCCCCCUGACCACCUUGGCUACUCAGCCCCCCAGCACCCUGCUCGGCGCCCCACACCGCCUGAGCCCCUCUACGUCAACCUAGCCCUAGGGCCCAGAGGUCCCUCACCUGCCUCUUCCUCCUCCUCUUCCCCUCCUGCCCACCCCCGAAGCCGUUCAGAUCCCGGUCCCCCAGUCCCCCGCCUUCCCCAGAAACAACGGGCACCCUGGGGCCCCCGUACCCCUCAUAGGGUGCCGGGUCCCUGGGGCCCCCCUGAGCCUCUCCUGCUCUACAGGGCAGCCCCGCCAGCCUACGGAAGGGGGGGCGAGCUCCACCGAGGGUCCUUGUACAGAAAUGGAGGGCAAAGAGGGGAGGGGGCUGGUCCCCCACCCCCUUACCCCACUCCCAGCUGGUCCCUCCACUCUGAGGGCCAGACCCGAAGCUACUGCUGAGCACCAGCUGGGAGGGGCCGUCCUUCCUUCCCUUCACCCCUACUGAAUCUUGGCUCAACCAAAUCCCUUGUUUUGUAUUUUCUUGAGCCCUGACCACUACCCCAGGUUUCUAACUUUGUAACUUGCUCCUGAUGUGGGUCCCUCACCUGUAAUCCCAGCUUCCCUACCCUGGACUGAAGGGUCCGCCCAUCCCCCCCUCCAUCCUGGGGGCCCUUGCACACAUCUGGGGUGGGGGGGGCUAGGCUGACCCCAUCCUCCUCUCCCUCCAGGAGCCCCCAGCAUGUCCUGACCUGUGCACAGGGAUGGGGGGACAACUCCUACCCUUCCUUCCCCACAUGCCCCACUAAACCAUCUGACAACAUUAAUGAAUAAAAUCGUGAAAAUGUG